CUGUGAUUUUGAGCAAAACAUGUGUGGCUGGACAGCAAGCAGAAAUUUUUCCUCCCCGGUAGGCAGUAACAAGUAUUGGAACCUUUGCCCACACCUCCCCACCUCUACAGACAUCCAAGACACGUGUAAUGUAAGCCUGGGAUUCAAGCAUGCCGAUCCAUUUUCACGACAUGGUUUGCACGAAAAAUGGCAACAUGGCAAUGUCAAAGGUCUUUCUGGACUACAUGGGUUUGUUAUGACAUCUAGUAACCGGAACGUUGGGCGCCCUGAAAGUGAUAAAUAUAGGACCUUCUAUACUUCCUACAUACUGAGCGAGGAGCUGCCAGCCUUCUUCCUUUACCGAUGCCUUCGUUAUUCCUACGCCAUAAAGGGCCAUUCUUUCCUCAUUGUAUCCUAUCUAGAAAAACUCACUCAGAGUAGGAAUGACAAAUUCUUGAUGGAACACGGUGAUCGUUGGUCGACAGACCGCUCAGAGGAAUGGACAAGUGGUACACAAUCUGUGAAUCUUCCACUCAUUCCAAAUUUCAGGAUUAUGUUCAGAGCUUGGUUCAGAUUUAAAGGAGACAAUGUAAUACAUAUAGACAACAUCAGUAUCACAGAAGGAAUAUGCAAUGAUAGUUGUCCCCUCGAUAUGUUCCGCUGCUCCAGUGGAGAGUGUAUCUCACCAAGUCUUGUGUGUAAUUCUCUGAAGGACUGCAGAGAUUUGUCAGAUGAAGAAUCAUGUGUAUCAGGAGCAGUAAACAGUCAGAUAAAGGAUCAUUCUUUAGAACCAGCGACCGCAGAUGUCUUUUUAAUUUGCCCUUUUUGUCCCGAAAAGAGCACUAUAUGUAUUCCUUUCUGUCCAGCAUCUUGUACAUGUACUGGAGUUACCCGCCUGUGUAAAAGAUCUACAAAAGAGUACAUGUACUUUGUCCACUUAUCAAAAGUGACUUGUGAUACAAUCGAUAUUUCAAAAAUAGGACGAGGGAUUUAUCAUUUUGACAUUUCUUUAUCCCAAAUACGCUCUCUCAACAUCACAGAUAAUGUCAAAAUAGAAAAACUUACAGUCUCCGAUUCUACCAUUGAUUCCUUAAACAUAGCCUACCAAACGGUAAAUUUCAUACAAUUCACUAAUUUGAAAGCAAAUUCAAUUUCAUUCUUCACGAAUUCUUUGUACUUAUAUGUGAUGGGAAACCUCCAAUUGUUUAAUGCCACGGUUUUUCUCUACCUACCGUACGUAAACUUUGAACGGAACAUGCUCUCCAGUGCAACAGUUAAAUAUCAACCACCAUCUUAUGCAACAAAAAACUCCCAUAGCAUACUGAUCCUUAGGAACUGUAACAUAUUCAAGCCACUCUCCGUCCUUGAUGUUAAAAGUAACCAUGUAGAUCUAAGCUACAACGAACUUAAGUCUUACUCGGUGAAUGAUCGAACACACACAUUACUGAUAAGCAACAACCAACUGGUGAGGAUAGUAAGACCGGUUUUUGUGACACGUGUAAUGUCUUUAAAAACAAUUGACAUGUCCUUCAACAAAAUAACAUAUCUACAGCAGGAUGACUUCACUUAUCUUUUCAAUCUUCUGUACCUUGACCUGAAGUCCAACAACAUAUCGUGGAUGCAUGAGGAAACGUUUGCAGAUCUCGUCAAACUGCGUUUUCUAGAUCUAUCAAACAAUGUCCUACGUACAAUAAAACAAACCUUCUUCCAAAAUUUGGAAAAACUUCAGUACCUUUACUUACAGAAAAACCUUAUUAGUACCAUAGAACUGGAGUCGUUUUACGCUCUACAGAGUCUUGUGUUGUUAGAUUUAUCAAGCAAUAAGAUAACAUAUUUAAAAGGAAGAUAUUUCCGAGAUCUUGAAGAGCUGAGAUACCUGUAUCUCCAGGACAAUGAUUUUCAGGUAUCAGAAGGGAUGUUUGACGGUUUGUCAAGCCUCAGAUUGAUGCAGGUAGAUUUUUUCUCCCUUUGUUGUGCCAAGCCAAGAAAUGUAUACGACAUUAUGUGCAUAGCUCCUGAAAAUAUGAUUUCAUCUUGCAAUAAUUUAAUAGCUGUGCCCAUUCUGAAUGUUGGCAUAUGGUACAUUGCAUUGUUUGCAGCUUUUGGGAAUUUUGUGGUGUUUUGGUAUAAGAUGGUCUACCUUAAAAGACAGUCUGCCCAGGCUCAUUUUAUUUUGACUACGAACUUAAACUGGGCUGACUUUUUAAUGGGUGUGUACCUUUUUAUUUUAGCAAUAGCAAACCUUGUGUAUAAUGGGCGUUAUGGACUAGAAGACUAUUCUUGGAGACACAGUUAUGUUUGUACCAUCGCGGGAAUUCUUGCUACAAUGUCUAGUGAAACAUCAACAUUUCUCGUCUUUUUAAUAACAUUGGAUAGGUUCAUCGCCAUAAAAUUUCCAUUCUCGGGAAAAGGCCUUACAAGAAAUAGAGCCAUCAUCCUGUGUAUAGGUUCGUGGCUUAUUUCCUUAUUUUUAAGCAUAUUACCAAUUAUCCCUAUGCAGUCUAAAUUUUUCGAAGGAUACUAUGCACGAUCAGGAAUCUGUAUAUCGUUGCCUCUAUCCGUUGUCAAAAACUCGGGAUGGCAGUAUUCCAUGGCGGUUUUCAUUGGAUUGAACUUCCUUCUCUUCCUGGGUAUUUUUAUCGGACAAAUUGCAAUCUUUUAUGAGGUGAUUACAGUCGGAAGAAGUGUAACCUGUUCUAGAUCGAGGCAAAGGGAGUUAAGUCUGACAAAGAGCUUGGCUGCGAUAGUACUCACCGACAUAUGUUGCUGGAUCCCUGUCGGAACGAUAGGACUCCUGACCUUUGGAGGUAUCAGUGUGUCUGGAGAAGUCUAUGAUUGGAUUGUUGUCAUAGUCCUCCCUGUUAACUCCGCCCUCAAUCCAAUCAUCUACAACCUGACAGCUUUUAUGAAGCACAAGCGAGAAAAACUUGCUUCAAAAUCAGAUACCUUGAGACAGGAGUGUGUUGGACUGAGAAGAAAACUGGAAACUAUACAGCGAAAAUUAGAGUCUUAUCAAUCAAGGAACUUAAUGGAAGACUGUGCCUUAUUACAAAGAAAACUGGAUUCAAUGCAGACAAUGCAUUCAAAAUGCUCCUGUAAAAGAACGGACAUAGAGACUUUAGACAACAGCACAAAUACAGAGACGUAUAGAGUUGGAGUGACAAUGGAAACAGAUCCUCACUCAAAUGGAAUAGGUGUAACUUAUAUAAAGUUGGAAACAAAAUUUUGAUCUCUUCAUAUAUGUCAAGAUCUUCAUGCAGUAUCGAUUAAACUGAUUAUUUACUUUAUUAUAACAAUAAAGAUGAUGUGAAAUACGGAACCCAGUGAAUUGAGCAAAAAAAAUUGCAUGCACGU